UAUAACCGUUUAACAAAAUGGCAGCCUCCAGUUAAAAUUAUUUAGUGCGUGUAUCUGUUUUUUUUUAAUUAAAAAAAAAGAUGCCGGCGGAUUCCAGAAGAAUAAAUGGACCGGAAAAAUCCAUCAGUCCAUACGCAUUUUCUAAACCAUGCAAAGAUAUAAAAAUAACUGAGCCUUCUCUGCAAAGGAAGGAUGGAAGAAAUCCUGACAACAUAAGACCAAUAUUUCUCAAGACAGGGCUUAUCACUCAAGCACAAGGGUCUGCAUACAUUGAACAAGAUGGAACGAAAGUGAUUUGUUCUGUGUAUGGACCGCGUGCAGUGAUACGGAAAGAAGAGUUCAGCAUGCAGGGUCAGCUCACAUGUGAUUUCAAGUUCACAACUUUCUCGUGUCACAACAGACGUCAGUACCAGCAAGAUGCAGAAGAAAAAGAUUUCUCCGUACAGUUACUGGAGGCUCUUGAACCAGCAGUGUUGUUGCAUAAGUUUCCUAAGGCUCAAGUGAACAUCAUGGUGACAGUCCUACAGAAUGAUGGUAGUGUGUUAGCAGCCUCAGUCACAUGUGCCUCAGUAGCCCUGGCGGAUGCUGGCAUAGAGAUGUACGACUUGGUCAUUGGAUCCUCUGCAAGGAUAUCUGGAGCCACUAUACUGAUGGAUCCCUGUGCAACUGAAGAAUAUUCAGACAAAGACAGUGCUCAUGUGAACAAUGGAAGUGUCACGGUUGGUCUUAUGCCGUCGCUCAACCAGAUUUCUGCUGUGACGUCCAAAGGCGAGCUGGAGUUUGAACACUUAAAUAAGGCUAUGAAGCAUUGUGUGAGCAUGUGCGUUGACCUGUACCCAGUUUGCCAGCAGGCCCUUGCAGUUGCUAUGGAAACUAGGAUCAAUGCUGACCCCAAAACCUGAAAGAUAUAGGUCUUGCCAAAGAGAUAUGCUUCAAAUGUGUUAUGUCUUUAUUGUACCGAAGAAUGCAAUAAAAAAAGUUGUGACUUUUA